GAACAGGAAAGAGGCUGCGAGCAGGAGGAGGAAGAGGAGGACGGGCUCCCAUAGUGCUGUGCACUGCCAACGUAGGCAAACAGGAACAUGGCUACCGGCGUUUAACGCAAGCAGACCGUGUUGAAACACUCUUCUGUGGCCGUACGACAUCCACCGUGUCCCCGCGACAGAAGAAAAACCUCCUCGUAGAUUCCACCAGCGGAGCCGCAGAGUCCGUGAACGCAUCGUCGGCUCCUUCAUCGCUCACAGCUUUAGGUCAAAAUGGCAAGUCCAAGGACCAGAAGAGUUCUGAAGGAAGUGAGAACCCAGGAUGAGAACAAUUUGUGUUUUGAAUGUGGGGCUUUCAACCCUCAGUGGGUUAGUGUGACCUAUGGCAUCUGGAUUUGUCUCGAGUGCUCUGGAAAGCACAGAGGCCUGGGAGUGCAUCUCAGUUUUGUGCGUUCUGUUACCAUGGACAAGUGGAAAGAUAUCGAGCUGGAGAAGAUGAAAGAAGGAGGAAACGGGAAAUACCGCUUGUUUCUCGAAAGCCAAGACGAUUAUAAUCCCAACUGGAAUCUACAGGAGAAAUACAACAGCAAAGCUGCUGCGCUCUUCAGGGACAAGGUUGCAACUUUAGCUGAGGGUAAGGAGUGGUCCAUUGAGACAUCACCUGCCAGAAACUGGACAUCAGCUCAACCCAAGAUGAGCCUUUCAUCCUCUCACCGCUCGGGAGGACCUGGACAAAACUCUGCUAAAUCUAACGACAAAGCUUUUGAAGACUGGCUGAGUGACGAUGUUAAUUCUUAUCAGAGUGGAGGAGGUUACAGCGGCAAUCAAGAGAAUCGGUAUGUUGGCUUUGGCAACACAGUGACCCCGGAGAGGAAAGAGGAAGACUUCCUGAACAAUGCCAUGUCUUCUAUUUAUUCGGGCUGGAGCAGUUUCACUGUUGGGGCUAGCAAGAUUGCUUCUAUUGCGAAAGAUAAUACGAGUAAACUGGCAAACCAAGCAACUUUAAAGGCCACAGAGUUAGGACAGACAGUAAAUGAGAAUAUUAUCAAACCUACCCAAGAAAAGGUGAAAGAUGGCAAAUUGCUAGAUGAAAUGACUGUCAGCAUCACUGGGCUGGCAACCAAGUUCCAGGGAGCUGGUUCAAAAUUGACCAACCUCUUCUCUGGAAAUCCAGAAGAUGGGUCUACUGGAGAAAGCUAUCAGAACAUGGAUGCCACUGAGGGGUAUCAGGGCAGUUCUAGCCAGCCUGUCUCUAAGGACUUCUGGGAAACCUUUGGCAGCAGCAACUCCUUAAAGGCCAAGAAGUCUCCUAGCAGUGACAGCUGGACCAUGGCAGAUAACUCUGCAAAGAAGAGCUCUGACAGUUGGGAAGCAGCAUCCAACAACAAGCACAGCACGGAGGAGGGCUGGGAGGCUUGGGACAACAACUGGGAGAACGCCGAUGGUAAGGCAAAGACGAAGAGUCCCACAAAACCCGCUGAGGAUGCCUGGGAUAAUGCAGACUGGUAGUGACCUAACAACCAUACCUCUCACAUGUUUCCCCUUUUUCUGGCCUUCUCCUUCUCCCUCUCUCCCUCUGUUCAUCUCACUGGCACUUUCAGGGAAAGAGCUGUCUGUGUCCACUUAGUUCUUGUCAAUCCAUUCAAAAUUUUAUUUAUUAUGAACCUAAGAAACAAUGAAGAAAGCCCUGGGUUAUAUAAAGCUCAAUACUAAAAUAUUUUGGAAAAAUACAACUAUAUUGACUUCAGUCAUGUAUAUUAUUGUAAAUUACCUUCAUCACAGGGAAUUGCGAUAUAUAUCAGUGUAGAUAUGGUUAUCAAUUUACUGCCUGAAAUCCUUAAUUGUAUAACUAUAAAUGGCAAACUAGAUGGUGUUCAUAAUGUUUUAUGGGUUUAAUGAUACUGGGCUUCAAUUCACCACAUAAAAAUGAUGCAUGAGAUGGAAAAUUUAAGAUUGUAAAUAUGAUUCCUUGUAAAUACAGAAUGAUUGACUCAACACUGAUUACAAUUAAAUGAUGGACCCUUGACCUUUUACACAUUUUGUUUUUGUAAAUUUCGAUUUUGAAAAGCAUAAAAAAAAUACAUAUCGUAAUCCUAAAAUGUUCUAAGAACAAUUAAACUGAGACAAAUUGGCUACCAUUAAUCAAAUGUAUAAAUCAGAAUGAAAUAAUCCUAUGAAUCAUAUGUUAGGGCUUUGUGUAUUAUCUGUGAGUUUGCAUUUUUGUUCUUUUCAUUUUUUUGUUUUUAUUAAAAUGUGCAAAUAGUCAAGGGGGAUUGAUCAUUCUAUCAUUUAGUCUUGUUAUAAGACCAGAAACUUCUCCGGCGGGAUGUUGACAUUAUUAUAGAUAUUGCUUUUGGUUAAAUGGAUGUUUCGCUCUGACGUCCUUCAACAAAAUAUUCAAAAAUUUACAUAUUUGAUCUAAAUUGAUGUAUGUAGUGAGUUACAUACAAAUUACUUUUUGAAAUUCAUUUUGACUGGAUACUACAAUAUUGUGAUACUGUUGUUUGUAUACUUUUUUUCAUCCUCACUAUUCAUCAUGGACAACAACUCAACACAUACUUGUACUUCCCAUUCAGAUGCAUUCAUAACAAAGAUCCACGAUGACAGUUUAAGUAUUCUUGCUGCAGCUGGUAAUUCAUCACAAACUUUCUAUUUGACUUCACAGCUGAAAUUAGGAGGAGGAUUUUGUUUGUUUGUUUGACUUUAUCUCAUAUUAAAGCUGACAGAUAUGCUGUUAUUCAAAAGAAA